UGGCCGCACCGCCAAUCCGCACAAUCUACCCAAGCCCAACCACACAAACACACAAACACCAACACAAAGUCAACCGGUCAGGGGGGCAACGAUCGCUGUGGUAAUGUAUCGACGACGCAAUCGCGUUUGUGUGCCAACUCAGAUUGGAACAAUUCGCUAAAGUCAGCACCCUCGCCGGCUUGGCAACUAAUUCGACCAGACCUACACAAACAGACAACACAAAAUAGACAGACGAGCGGGUGGUUGGAAGGAGUAAGAGGAGGGGGAGGACGUUCCUUUUCCGUGACUAAAGGCCGACGAAAGUUGAACACCACGUCUUUGAGGUUGCGCGAUGAUGAUGAUGUGUUGUUGGCUCGACGUCACGUCAAAAAGUGGCAAAUCAACAAAAGCCGGCCAGCUCAACUCCUGUUGGUGUUGGAAGCGGACAACAACAAUGCCAACAACCGACGACCUAAUCUGCCCGGUCCACCCCCCCACAACGCAAGUGCCCAUCUGCUGGUCUAG